UAUAUAUGCUAUUUUCCUUUUUAGGCUCUCAUCACUACCUCGUUCGCCAUAUCACACGAACGCCGUCUUCUAUAGAGGCAACUGCUCUGAUUGGAGACUUCGUGCAUUAAGAGAUAGAUUUGGUGAUAUAACACAUCGGCUGCCUGAACAACCUCCUCCACGGCCCCCGUACUGUGUGUAUCCAUCAACGAAGACAAAAGACAAACAAGCCCCAACAUCGCCGUUCCAAAACUCUCAAAGGCGUACAAAACAGAUCUCUUCUACCACACACCUCACCUCACCUCCAACCCAACCCUACCAACAUGCCUCUCUCCUUCAAAAAGUUCUUCACCCCCUCCGCCUCCUCCAGGAGCAAAAACCCCUACGCCAAAAACCCCACCGCCAACAACGCCCAAUACCAGCACAAGCACAGCUCGACCCCCGACCUCCUUGCCGAAGCGAGGCAGGCGGCGGGGCGGGACCCCGUGACGGGGAGGAAGGUUGGAGGCGCUGGCGCUGGCGCUGCUGCUGGUGCUAGUGGUGGUAGUGCGUCGUCGUCGCCGGGACUGAGGGAGAGUAGAUCGGCGUAUGGGGAUAUGGGGAGGGGGACGACGUAUGAUGAAUUUGUGAGGGAGAUGAGGGCUAGUAGUGGAGGAGGUGCAGGUGGUGGGAGUGGGAGUGGAAGUGGGAAUGAGGGUGGCGCUGGUGCUCCGCUGGGAGGGUACUAUGCGCCGGCUCCGAAGAUGGCGGUCGAGUAUUAUGCGCCGGAGAGGGGGUUUAGAUGAUGUUUAUGUUUCGAGGCGUUGUUUGUUGGGUUUAAGGUGGGAGGGAAUGGAAAGAUAAUGUGUGAUGAGAUAUGGGCGUUUGUAAUUCUGAGCGUUUCGUUUCUCGUUUUCGAAUACCCUCUAUAUAAGUCUAUGGAUAUUUCUAGAUAUUAUGAUAAACACCUGG